UGAUAUGGAUAUGGAUAUUGCAAAAUAUCCGUGACAAUCUCUCGCGCGAACAAAUUUUCUCGGUUUUCCGCUAACAUUUGGAAAUAGAUAUAAUAGCGAAUCCCUACUUCCCGCCAAAGCCACUUGCAGAUACGCAAGGGAAAGGGUUCGGACAAUUGACUACCUUAUUGCUUCGCUCUCACAUUGCCUACAUCUGUCAUCAUCAGCAGCUGCAUAGUAAGCUUCUUUCAGUGCGGGAGAGGUAGCAAGGGAAACAGUUGUGUCUUUUCCAUAAAAAAUGAACCUAAGGAGUUGUGAUGGUAUAUUUUUUAUCAAAACUAUUAACAGCAGGGGUUUGGUGACAAAACUACGCAAUUCGGAUUCCAAUGGAGUGCCAGGAAUUGUAUACAAGAGUUUAAAGGAUGUUUAUGGCAAUGAAAAUGCAACAAGGCUGCGGAGAUCUGGUCCAGAUUUGAUGUUAAACCGUGUACAGAUGGAAGUUAAAGAUUUUCCUGUGGCGGAUAGAAAUUUACAGGAAAUAAAACCGGAACCUGAUGAAUUUGUUUGCCAUGCUGGGGGUGGUGGCUCCAAUGAAUUGGAUGAUAACAUCACACUGAAACAGCUGAGGAAACGGUUCCCGAAAAAGAAGAGAAAACGCAGUCAUAAUGAUGGGAAUUCUCCUCUGGAUAAUGUAAAUGAAGAGACCGUGGAAGAUGAUUUUAGUGAGCCCCUUAUCAAAUUGAAACGAAAGACCUCAAAGACCAAAAGGAGGUCUAAUAAUCCAAGUGUUCUUUCCAGUUCAAAUGUUGAUUUCACUGUUAAAGCUGAAAAGAACUUGCUUCCAGAAGACAGUUUCUUGGAAUAUGCAGGGCAAUUUAAAGAACUUAUGACUGUUAAAAUUGAGGUUCCUGACAUCGAGCAAUCAGAAUGUCAAAAUCAAACCUCUUCUGCUGAUGUCUCUUUUAUGGGAUGUAAUGAGGGACUAGAUUCGGGUGGAUCAGCUUCAACUGAGUAUCAGUGCAUGGUCCAGCAUGAAAACGGAGAUCAACAAGGCAAAUGCCAGAACUUUCAAAUUGAGGUUCUGGACAUCAAGCAAUCAGAAUGGCAAAAUCAAACCUCUUCUGCUGAUGACUCUUUUGUGGAAUGUAAUGAGGGACUAGAUUCUGGUGGGUCAGCUUCAAAUGAGUAUCAGUGCAUGGUCCAGCAUGAAAACGGAGACCAACAAGGCAUAUGCCAGAACUUUCAAAUUGAGGUUCUGGACGCUGAGCAAUUAGAAGGUCAAAAUAAAAACUCUUCUGCUGAUGACUAUUUUAUGGAAUGUAAUGAGGGACUAGAUUCCGGUGGAUCAGCUUCAAAUGAGUAUCAGUGCAUGGUCCAUCAUGAAAACAAAGAUCAACAAGGCAAAUGCGAGAACUUUCAAGUUGAGGUUGCGGACACUGAGCAAUUAGAAGGUCAAAAUAAAACCUCUUCUGCUGAUGACUCUUUUAUGGAAUGUAAUGAGGGACUAGAUUCUGGUGGAUCAGCUUCAAAUGAGUAUCAGUGCAUGGUCCAUCAUGAAGGAGACCAACAAGGCAAAUGCGAGAACUUUCAAAUUGAGGUUGCGGACACUGAGCAAUUAGAAGGUCAAAAUAAAACCUCUUCUGCUGAUGACUCUUUUAUGGGAUGUAAUGAGAGACUAGAUUCUGGUGGAUCAGCUUCAAAUGAGCAUCAGGGUAUGGUCCAGCAUGAAAACGGUGAUCAACAAGGCAAAUGCCAGAACUUUCAAAUUGAAGUUCCGGACACUGAACAAUUAGAAGGUCAAAGUAAAACCUCUUCUGCUGAUGAAUCUUUUAUGUGCUGCAAUGAGGAAUUAGAUUCUGGUGGGUCAACCUCCAGCGACCAACAAGCCAAAUACCAAACAUAUGUCUCUGGUGAAAUACCUUACAAUCAUAUUGAGGAUGCUGAGCCUAUUUCUAUGCUUGUUCCUUGGGAUGGGAUGAUUGCCAAGCUAAAAACUCUGGAGUCAGGUUGUAGGGAUUUGGUUGAUCUAACUCCUUUGGUAAAUGAGAAUGGGAAAGAGAUGGAGGAGAAUUGCUUCAGAAGCUCAAUGUCUCCACAUACAAAUUAUGACGCAUGUAGUAAUUCUAUAUGUGCUUCCAACAUGAGUGCAGCAUCAGAACAAUGUAGCAGUUCUGGGAUCCGUGUUUCAGACAUGACCAAUGGAGCAGAUUAUUCAUGUAAUAAUAUGGACGGUUUUCUGUGUUUCCCUGAGACUGUCUGUGGCUCUUGUCCAGAAUUAAUUAGUUCGCUGCAGAUGAGAGAGAACUUAAUGUCUGCUGAAGAUGCUACAACCAACGAGGAGCAACUUCAUGGCGUUGAUAACACAAUGAAUAAUGACUCAAGUUGUACAGUUCAUAUUGAGAAUGCCCUGGGCAAGGAUGAGGAGAAGCCAACUUCAGCAUCUUCAAUCUCUGACUCAGAAAGUCAUUCUUCGAUAAAGACCCAAUGUUGUGACAGUUCUGAAACAUUUUCUUCACCAGAACAACAUGCAUCACCUGAAAGGCUCUUUUCAACGAGGAAGGCUAUGUCUCCAUCUUCUCAAGAGCGGCUGUGCAUAGUGAUGAAUUCUAUCGAGCUUGGUAGUGAUGGCGAUCUGUAUACUGCUUCAGAUCACAAAAGGAAAUUCUUUGGAGAACAAACUAGGAAGGAGGCUUCAUUUGCGAGAUCAGAUAUCGAGUACUGCAGACCAACUCUUUGUCAAACUCCACCUGAGAGGGCUACCCCACCAAAAGUCUUCACAGGUCCUAGAACUAUCAAAAAGAGAUCAAAGAUUGCCAAAGGUAAUCUUGAUGGGCCUCGUGUUUCCCGCCACUUACCUACCUUCAGUACUGGGUGUGCUUCCAUUCAAGGUUGCUGCGAAAGUGCUAUUGCUUUCACACAGCGACAGAUGCAUGAUAUGGAGUCCCUUACGGAGAGGUUGAUGAAUGAGCUGAAGUCUAUGAAGGACAUUGUAGAACAAAAGUUGCUUUUUGAGGCAUAUCGCAAUAGUUCCUUGAAAAAUGAUGCAGAUGGGGUGAAAUCAGCCAUCAAGAAUGCCACAAAAGUUGAGAACUCAGCUAGGAAGUUGCUGUCUGGGAUGUCAAGGGAUUGCCAUCGUUUCUGUAAAAUAAUGAAAAUGACUACAAACAAUGGUACUGCUUCAAAAGAUGCCACCCCAAGAGUGAGGAAGAAAAUUACAUUUGCAGAUGAGGUUGGUGAGAAGCUGUGCCAUAUCAAAUUUUUUGAACAUGAUGACAUCCCUUGUGCUGAUGAAGUAAAGCAGUGAGGCCAUAAUACUGUCUCAAUGAAAUAGCAUGCAUUACACAUCUUUUCUUUAUGCAAUUUUUGUAGAGAAACUGGAAUUAGUGAUUAUUUUGCUUGUAGAUUCUAGGUUUUACCAUGGUGCUACCCAAUGAGGCUAAGUUGCAUUUCCGAUCCCAAUGACCAAUAUGGCUUUCUUUUCUCAAUGCAUAGUGAUGUUUGUGACACGUGUAUGUUCAUUAGAGCAGUCGAUGUAUUUGAGCCCCACCGUGGUGUUUGUAUUGAACUAAAUCAUGAGCCGUGUAUUGAAUCAAUUAUAAUUUGUGCAUUAGCCUGAUGAAACAUCAUUCUGUCAUAUAUAUAUACAUAUAUAUAUGUAUGUGUGAUCAUUCUUGAAUUAAAUAAUCA